GAAAGCAAGGGAGCACAGACGCAAGGAGGGAGGAGGGACCACCAAGGAGGGAGGGAAGGAGAGGGUACGGUGGUGGCUGCUGGCGCUUUAUGCAGUUUAGUUCUGCUCAGAGCACCUUCACAGCCUGCAGGGCUGCCUCUGCAGUUCAGGGGAAAUCCUCACAUGGAAAUAACAGCUGCACGGGGGAGAAAACAUUUAGAACAGAAAACAAGAAGAGGAAGGCUGGCAGGGACAUCUCAUCCCCUGACCCCACCUGAUGAUCCCACGAUUCCCUGACUCUGGUUCUUCUUGCAGCAGAGUUCGCGUGCCACAUUUCGGUGGGGUCAUUUUUGACUUCUUCAGAUACCUUGGUGUAAACCCGCCCCGUCCGCCCCUGCCUCAACCCCCACGAUGGCUGGCUGUACCAGCCGCUGCAGGCAGGGGGUGCAAAAGCUAAUUCAGUCCCUGCAGAGACUGGUCUCAGGAACCCUCACUAAAGAUAAAUCAGAUGAUGAGCUUGAGAUGACCAUGGUGUGUCACAGGCCAGAGGGUCUCGAGCAACUGGAAGCCCAAACUAACUUCUCCAAGCAGGAGCUGCAGAUCCUCUAUCGCGGCUUUAAGAAUGAAUGUCCCAGUGGAGUCGUAAAUGAGGAGACCUUCAAGCACAUUUAUGCACAGUUUUUCCCUCAUGGAGAUGCAAGCAUGUACGCACAUUAUCUUUUCAAUGCUUUUGACACAACAAACAAUGGCUCCAUCAAAUUUAAGGACUUUGUGGUGGGCUUAUCCAUUCUGCUGAGAGGAACCCUGAGGGAAAAGCUGGAGUGGACGUUUCAUCUUUAUGACAUCAACAGAGAUGGAUACAUAAACAGAGAGGAAAUGACGGAGAUUGUAAGAGCCAUUUACGACAUGAUGGGCAAGUACACCUACCCUGCUUUAAAGGGAGAUGUCCCACAGCAGCAUGUGGACGCCUUUUUUCAGAAGAUGGAUAAGAACAAAGACGGAGUGGUGACUAUGGAAGAGUUUAUUAUUGCCUGCCAAGAGGAUGAAAACAUGAUGAGAUCCAUGCAGCUGUUUGAAAACGUGAUGUAGGACAGCUUGAAAUGAAGAAGACAGGAGCAUGGCAAACCAGAGGGCUUUGUGUGUGUGUGAGUGUGUGUGUGUGUGUGUGUGUGUGUAUGUGUGUUGGCGUGCACAUGUGCCGUACAUCCAGUCUAUCUUCCUGUUUCUGCUCUCGCCAGCUGAGCUCUGGAUGCAGCCAGAGCUUCCUGUGAUGACACUAAUGAGGGGACUGAAGUGGAAUGCCCUCAGCCUUCCCGCCGCGUUUGGCCACACAGCAAAGUGAUUAAUGUGACAGGCGUUGAGCUCUGUCAAACAGAUUGGCCGUUUAUAGAUAAAGAUGCUCUGACAUUGAAAGGAUGCUUUGACCUUCGAAGAAACAUCCCUUCCAGAGGUGGACCUAUUUUUCUUUUUCUGGCUUUUUUCUAUCCAGACUUACUUGCAUGUGUUUGAGGGAAGAAAAACAAAUGUCUAACUUCCUGAUACUUGUCAAAUUUUUCCUGAAACGUUUGCCAUAAGUACAUCCACAUUAAUUGACUCAUACAUCCAGUGGUUGGAAGGAUCUAAAAAUUUAAUUUGCGAGUCUCUGGAUUUAGUGAUGCUUCUACAUUCGUGUCGACUUGGCUGCUGCUCAGACCUCUCUGUCUUUUGCUUGUUGUUGUUCUGUGAAACGCCUGCAUUAGAGAGUUCAAACGUUUAAGGUUGUAAAUUAUAUAGACCUUACAUGCUGUGUCAGUUCCAUGUCUUUUGUAUUUCAAAAGACUUCAUGUCGAAAAAAUCAAAUGUGUAUGAUUUUUAAUUGAUAGCAUUUUUAUGAGGUGAAGUCAAAGCAAAGCAAAGAAAUAUAUGUAAUUUCCAGGGAUUACAUUAUUUAACCAAUAGUUUGUGAUUUUCAAAGUUAAGUUGCGAUAAAAUAGUCAUGUGCUCUAAAUAUUUCAGCUGCUGAAGAUAACUCUUUUGACACUUUUGUCGAGUUAGUAGUAGCAUUUCCCCUGAGGCUAAAGCUAACGGCUAGUCCUAUAUCCUUCUACUCCAGUUUUCAUAAAUGUCAUAGUGAGAACUAUUUUAAUCCUCGUCACAAUUAAACUGAUGCAAGAGUUAUUUACCAAAGAAACACAAGUAGCCUAGGUAGUGGAGUGUUGCCAACAAUCCUCAUUAUCAUAGCAUGUACUUAUGAAAAAACUUGUUUUUCUGGCCAGAGCAUGAACUUUAAACUGCUUGCAGUUUAACACUGACUAGAAAUUUUUACAAAUGUCCUUUCUCUUGGACAGAUUACACUGUCUGAAGAUCACUGGAGCACACAGCCAUCUCUCUGCAUUUCUGCUCUAAAUGACUGCAUGCUUUCAGUUAAAAAUCCAUGUAACAUAAGAAAGCAUUCACAAAAAAAAUCAGUAUGGUGUUUUUAGGAUUGUAGCAGAUUUACGAAUCUAUAUUUUAUGAAGAUUAUUGGAGUUUUAUCUACUAUGUGGAAGUUAGUUAGCAACUUCAUUUAAUAAUAAUCCAGGUUGGAGGGUGUUGGACCAAUUUAAAGAUUUGUAAAACCAAAAACAUCUAAAUAUUUUAUCCAAUCUCAAAAACUUUAUAGGCCAGGAGAACACAAUCUUACAAACCUUUAAACCUUUGUCAUGUUUGGACUGGGCCGGAUUUCCCAAGAAACAGAUUCUUAUUUAUACAAAGUAGAAUGGACGCUGUAAGGCACCAGUGAUUUUCCUUUCCGAAUCAUGUAUUGAAAACGGAGUUUAGUACAUGAAAAUCAUGCACCAAACUCUGUCCAGUCAGAGUUUGGUAAAGCACCAUAAAAAGCAAAAAUAUUAUAGCAGUUUACGUGAAAAAUAUUUGACUGAUUUCAAAACAGCCUUACUUUUUUAUAUUUACUCUGAGUGAAAACGCUGACAUGUUUAGCUCUCAGCAUGUGUUUCACACCCAUCAGUGUCACACUGCCUCCUAGCAAAGAUUAAUGCAUUAAAAAAAUCAUCUAUUUAGCUCUUCAUACUUACCCAAUAGAAAUAUGGCAAUGUUUAGAGGUUCAGACUAUAUCUGUUAGAUAAACCACCAUGAUGUUUUUGAGAUUGAAGUUGUUUAUGACGGCCCACUUUAGUCUUGGGCCAUUUGGGAGUAGCUAUUAGCUUCAGCCUCCUGGACCAUUUUACCUGAAUUUAUACUGUUUAAAAGACUCCAGAUGAGCUAUCUUCUGCAGAUCAGAGGACAGAUUUUAUCUUUAAAAUAACCUAACCUCAAAAUGUCUGGGCUAUCCUUGUGAUAUUAAUUCAGAGGCCAGCAUUUGGAUGGUAGUGGAUAGCUCAUUUUGCUAAGUAUAGAAGGGUGAAGGUUGUCAGAAGUCAGAUUUAAUGUCAGCUUUGAAAUGAUAUGUCCUGACUUAAUGAACAAGUGACACUGACCAAAACAAUGAUUUUACACCUAAAGUACUGACAGAACAGCACAUCUAUUAUUGCUUUCUGUGAGUUUUCCAGUAUUUGAAAGAUAAUAGAAAACUCACAGGCCUACAGUAUUUUAAUCACUGAAAUAUUAACUAUUUGCUUUUUAAAGUCAGUGGAGCAGUUCUUUAGAGUGUGCUUCAUCUGUGUGACAUCCCCUCCCCCGCUGUACAGUAUCCUUUGUUGAAACAGUUGCUAUAUUAUAUUAACAGAAGAUUCAUUUAAAGCCAUAAAAUAAAUAUUUAAAUUAUUUGAUUGUUGUAUUUUACUUUACUUUGCGUAAGCUGAACAUCAUAAAAUAUUCAAGCUAUUCACAUCAUUGUGUUGGACAAGGGAAUAUGCAACGUUCUGCAACACACACUGCAUAAAUGAAUAAAUGAUGAACACCACACAGAAACUCUGCAUUUACAGUAACUAGGAUGUGUCUGAAAUAAAUCCCAGAUACAUUUUAGAAAUAAGACUUCCUCUGAAUAUUACAAUUUGUGCACUCACAAGUAGCAGCUGAUUUUGCUUGAGCUAUGGCGUCCUCCAGAGUUCUGAACACUCCAAACAAAGAUGUGUGCCUUAAAAUAAAUGGUUGUUAUGAAGACUUGUCACUCGCUGCUCCAGUUCUAUAAGAGUAAGAAAUUAUAUUACCACACUUAGCACCCUCCUUGAUGUGUGUGGUGGAAAGAUAAACAUGUGCCCUUCUUCCAGUUCCAGUUUUUUCAAACUGCUGUUUAUUUCCCUACUUAAGGAGAUUAGCACACAUCCAUUAGACUGAGUUGUCUUUACCACUUUGAAACAUGAGUCAGAGAAAUUGGUGGCUGUCAAGUCACAUUUAUGACCAGAGGAAACCAAUAUUCAUAGGUAAUUAAUUAAACAUUUCUAGGAAUUCUGAUCAACUUUGGAAAAAUGACAGAACAGAUUAUAAAGAUGUUUUAGGUACAGGUACAGCUUGUACAAUUGAUUGGAAAUGCCAUCUCAUCUCUGAAGUGGUAGAAAAAUCCGUUUGCUGUUUUAAAAGGCCUUCCUGCUGAUAUUUAUUUUUAGUGUGAUUUAGUUGUAAAUAGCCUUAUUAGUGACAUAAAGUCUAAAUAAGAUUAAAAACAAUCAUUGCAAAAUCUCCUGGCGAUUGACACACAACAUUCCACCAUACAGACUUCCAUUGAGUACAUAGAAUUUAUUAAAAAAAAAAUAAAAAAAUUUGAUUUGUUGUUUAAAAUGUUUUCAGACUGCACAUUAGUGUUAAAAAUAUAAAAGUAUAAUUAAAUUAUAAUGCGUUUUCCAUCCAUCCAUUUUCUAACGCCCUUCUUCCCCAGUGGGGUCGGGAGUGGUGCUGGUGCCUAGCUCCAGCUAACGUUCCGAGCGAGAGGCAGGGUAUACCCUGGACAGGUCGCCAGUCUGUCGCAGUAUUCUUCUUCUUCUUCUUCUUCUUCUUCUUUUUUAUGGCGGUUGGCAAGCAACUUUUAGAUGUGCAUUACCGCCAUCUACUGGAAUGGAGUGUGGAUCGGGACGCUAACUUUAAACACCCCCCUCAAA